AUGCGUUUACCAAAGGGCGCAUACGAACGCGUUAAGACGUUACGGCAGCAGAUACAGAGGAUGUCGCCGGAAGCAGAACGGGUGGCCGGCUUUCCUCGAGAAGCUUCACCUCCACUUGAAAAUGAUAUGAAGCCCUUGACAGGUAAACACAAUGAGUGUCUUUCGCAUAAAGAAGAAGAUGUUGUUUUUAGUUUGCCCGCAUACUGA